UGAGGCAGCCAUGAAGGACUUACUAGGACUCUCCGUGCUGAUCCUCGGGCUCACAGCCCUGGGUACAGGUCAGCAGCUGCCUGAUGAAGCCCACAGCACCAACCAGCCGUCAGGAGUCACAAACAUCCCUCCUCCUUUCAGCGUAAACAGGGGGAACUUCUUGAGACCAAGACCUAAUAUAAGAUUUAGAAAAAAUGACCAGACCAGAACAGACAGACUCCAGCCUUACGUUAAGCAGGGGAAGGAGGAAGGGAGAGAGCAGCAGAAGCAGCAGCAGCAGCAGCAGUUGUCUACUACAAGUGGUCUUUCAAUGCCAGCUCCCGAGGAUGAUUCUAUAACCCUGAAUUAUCAAAAUGAAUCCCAAGUUCGGCAAAAUGGUUAUCUGCCUCAGUCUUCCCCCCAAAGACGAAAAAGUAAUACACAGCUUCGCUUUGCCACCCUAAGAAGACUAGCUUUGGCGAGACUAGUCCAAGAGGGACGGGGUGAUCCUGGGGGAAUUAUACGUGAAUCAGAUGAACCUAGACACACAACCAGGAAAGGCUUAGAUAUUAUGCCCAAGGUUCAGAAUAAGGAGCCUUUCUCCGAUGUCAAUAUUCAUGUGGGCAGAGCUGGAGGUCAGACUUGGGAAUCUUCACCUCACCGUCACGAUCAGCUGAGAGGAAGUACAGCAGCCGGAUACUCGGCAUCCCGGUCUGAUAUUUUUCAUCCUUGGGACGGCGUGGAUGGAGCUCAAAAUGGCAAAGAUCAGUUGUCUGUUGGUGGUGGUACUACAAUCGUCCCAGAGUCAGACGUCACACAAUUCCAGAUUCCAAUAAAUUUCUCAAAGGAUUCACAAACUUAUGGUACUCAAAACUUCCAAUUUGACUUGGAAAACAAUAGUGGGGGCACGAGGAACACACAACCAGUGCAUCGAUUUGCUUCUUCCUCACAGGCAACUAAUUCAAAAGUCAAUGAGGAGUUACAGAAGGAUGCGGAACUUGACUAUAAUGGAAACUCUCAGACUAAGGGACGUCAUGAGGCAGAGCCACUGAACUCUGCUGACUUGGGGACUGACACACAUCUACGGCCUUCAGCUACAGAUAAUGAAAAUGAAAGUAGAAGUUUACAUCUUCAAAAUCUGAAGCAUUUUGAAGAUGAACCUGGCACUCGCAUUACGAAUAGAUUUGAUCGAAUUCAGAAUACCCAUCCUCGAGUGCGUUUUCAGCUUGGUAGCAGGAAGCGACUUCAACUGCCACACCGUAGGAGGCUCUACAGGGUCCGACGACCUGGUCCUCGAAAUGCACUCCUCCGCAGAAAUUCCAGGAUGGGAAUACACCGUCAACAUGUCCGUAAUAACAUCCUGAAUGAAUCUGGAAACACCGAAUUCCGACCAGUUGACUUCCACGACACAGCUACACAGGAAUCUACGACUCUGGCUCAAAACAAUUUAAAUGAACAAGAAAAAUCGGUUCCUCUCUCUCCUUCCAGACGCGGAUACUCAAGGGGUCUACAACUAGCAGGAGGUGUGAGGCAGGGAGCCGAGCCAGAGUCACCAACAAGAUCGGUCUUUACUCCUGAAGAUGUCAAAGAAGAUAACAGUUCUAACAAUCUCUCUGGAAAAAUAAGAUUAUUAGACGAUUUGGGAGACUCAGAAAUAUCAGACGACUUGAGCCGUCCCGACAAGACACAAAGUAGUGGUUCAGCCGCGUCCAGAUCACUAGCAUUUCCCUUUCAUAGGCUUAUUGAAGGUUAUCCACUGUCACCAAGACGGAGAGAACCAAGUGAAGGUGCUCAACAAAAUCCUUCUAAUACUGAGGAAGCGAUUGGGAGCCAGCUCGAACGACAAAAUGAAUCUGAAAUCGUCAGUCGACAAAAAGACCCGCUUCAGUUUUCUAGCUCUCAGCAGACGUCGGUGAAUCAACAAACUUCCCGUGUCAACUCACAGCAGAGGAACACAAGUCAUGAUUUUUCUUCUGGAAUCAGUCAGCCAAUCAGUGGCCAACGUUUACUGAGCAACUCCAGGAAAGCAAUUCAAAAUUCAGGAGUUUCCAGCAACAGGAGAGAAGAGUUGACUGAGCACCUCCACAACUCCUGGCAUCCGCAGAUGAGAGACGAACCAGAAGACCUCCAGCAGAGCCAAUAUCAACAGUCAGUUAACAACCUCCAACGACUCUCUGUCCGUCAGCAACAUAUGAUAAAUCGUCGAAUAUCACAACGAGGACAACAAAACAAAACUCAAAGAUUUCCACAACACCAAACGGAAUUCGUCAAUCAGAGCACAUCACAGUACUUACAACAGCGAAUUAGUAGUCCGAGUUUACCACAACAGCAACAACAACGACUACAACAACCAGAUGAUCAGGGUUUUCUAUCACAACAACAACAACAGCAACAACAACAGACAACUAAUCGUGAUUUACUACAACUACAGAAUCAAGAAACAAGUAAAUAUAAUUCACAACAACUAAAGCCACAGCAGGAGACAGAGAGCCAUCACUCGUCUUGGCGACCACAGGUAAACAGCGGGGGCCAGACGGUGCACUUAACACAACAACCUACUGACUACCUCCCAGGGUCCAUACACCCACAACACGAGACAUUACAGCAACAGUUGCUCGAUCGACACUUCAAGUCUCCACAACUGAGAGAUGCCUUUGGUCCAAACAAGAUAAAUAAUAUCAAAUUCUCCAACUUUCCUCAGGCAGGAGACAUCACAGGUAGUUUCAACGAGCAACAUCAACAAUCACUACCGGUAAAUCUUCCACGUGGACACACAGAGGACUUACACAAUAGUCAAGUUAGUGAUAAUUCAGCUUCUGGAUUCACAUACAGUCAACAGGGCGACUUUCAAAAUCAGAGAUCAGGAGAGGUGAACGAAGAAGAAAAAGCAUGGAGCUCCAGUGUGCUGUUGUCCCAGAACCAAGGUCAAGUUAACCGAAGGAGUCAACAUCACAUAGGAGUCAGGUCAAAUAAUGGAGGACAGACACAUAGCUCAUCCAGAAACACAGAACAUGCCGAUUCACAAGCUCAGUUUUCUCUACAUGUUCAGCAAUCACUGACUUCUCAAGUUGAGACAGAUGAGCUCCCGGGAGAACACGCUCACACCUCGCAGUCUUCAAGUUCUACCUCUGAUGAUUUUGAUUCCUCUUCAUUCAGAGAUACUCGGAUCAGUCCUGCUGACACGGAUCAACACUCACAACUGUCUGACGGCAGAGAAGUUAACUUAGCAAGCAAUACCAGCCCAUAUAACUCAAACGGAUUUACUGAGAGCCAAAAUACACUCGGACCGGUGGAACAUUCUUCAGAUAAUGCAGUCAAAAGUUAUAGUAGCGAAGUCAAUAUUCCUGCAAGUGAACUUGAAGAUUCAAACCCCAGAAAAACAAAUAAUAUUUCUAAUAGCUCUGAAUCAAGUAUUGACAGAGAGGUUUAUAGCCAGACACGAGUUGAUGAUAUGGGCAACUCGGGUCUUCAUACCGACACUGUAUCACCAAACAAUGUUCACCAACUGAUUUCAAUAAAUGGAAACCAUAGUUUGGGGUCAACUGUUAACAGCCAGUACCAUCAAGGUAGUCAGAGCAACGCGUACAGUGCUAGUGGCGUGGAGAGUAGUGUUUUCCGUGAUUCCACACAUACUGGAUCACACAAAAAAGACGACAGCUUACACCAGAAUUAUGAACCGACAGCAGGAGUGAAGCAGACUGCUGAACAAGAAUCAAGAAUCUCGGGACGACAAAGGCCAUAUCACAGGGGAGGUCAAAAGCCGGACACAAGAGAUGAACUUUUUCUGGAGACGAAGAAUGAGAAGUUAAGCUUCAACACAGAUCAGGACUUAAGCUUUAUAUCAAGGCAAAACUCUGAACAGGAGACAGGGUUCACAGGGAGCCAGGUUUCAAGGUUCAAAGGUAUAGAGUCAGCUUUAAGAGGAAGUCAAUUCUCAGACCCCAGAAGCAGAGGAUCAGGUGAAAGACGCAAAGUUUACAGAAAAGAACAGUCGAGUUUCAGAUCAGAUCACAACUCACAGGAAGAAGGACAACAAGGUUUAAAGCUCAGCCUUCAUCAAGGUUUAGGUUAUCUGGGAGAACAAGUAACAGAUCCAGAUACUGACGGAAGAUUAGGUGUCAGAAACGACUUUACAAGAAUCCAGUUAUCACCAUUAAGAAUAAGUCAUGUUGCUGGGAAUAGGAGAGACCAAUUAUCUGAGUUUGAGGUAGAAGAGACAUUUGAUCAUUGGGGACACAACCUUCCUGAUGAACAGCCAGAGGACGUCGAGCCUUCUCACUAUCAGGAUGAAAAUUCAGAAAGAUUCCGCAAUCAAAUAUUAUACGUCGAGGCUGGCCCUGACCUUAGCACACAACAUGGUACUUCAGCACAAAUCUUGAAGGAUCAGCGAAAUGUUCAGAGCGAGACGCAGCCAUCACCUAGAAACCAUCUCCCAGGAUACUCCAGGAGAGUCACUAACUCUCAUGGUCGUCCAGGAUAUUCUUACCAGAGAGGACCAACAGCUGUCUCCACCCUCCAGAGACAGAGAGAUAACCAUAGUACUACUCAUUCUACAUUUAGAUCGCCCAUAAGAGGAAACACACAGUCGGACUCUGGUCCUAUUAAUGUAUCUGAGAGUGCUUACAUGUCACUUUAUUCUUCCGAUACGGUUCCUGGAUAUCAAGAUGUUGUUGACGUGCCCAAGUCAAAGUUCCGCCAGCCGUCAUCUACAGCCGAGGGUCAGCAUUCUCAGGGGCCCUACAGACCCACAUCGGAGAGAGGAAACCGCAAGUUCCUGGACACUUUACGUGGGGUUGACACGAACGUCCAAGAGGAGAAGUUGUUAAAAAAUAUCGCAGCCCUGUUACGCGGCGAGGACAUCUCCACUCCGAGGGUGACGAGUAGUGAGCUGCAGACGGUCUCCUCCUCGGACACUCUCACGGAAAUCCCAGUUACUGGGUUCAGGUGUGAGAGUCAUGUUACAGGUUACUACGCGGACACACACGAGGACUCCAAGUGUCAGAGCUUCCACUUCUGCGCCGCCGACGGUUCCAAGACCAGCUACCUCUGUCCUACAGGGACGGUGUUCAACCAGAGACUGCUCGUGUGUGACCAUGUGUUCCGGGUAAGGUGCAGCAGGUCGGCCAACUUCUAUCACCUCAACGAGCGGCUCUACGACGCUGACCACCACCAGCAAGUCAUGAACGGGUCCAGAGCCUUCAGGACAUUUGGCAGGAGAGUACAGGACUCUUCCUACCUCCCUAGUGAACCUACUGAGCCUCAAAGUUUCCAGUAGAAGAGAUCCAAGUACCUCAUAAAUUAUCUCCAUUAGCGCUGAUAGUUUUUGUGGACUUCAGACAUGCAUUGAAAGAUCUUAGAACCGCUAAUUUUUAUACAAGCUCUGCCAAAGGUUCUCAAAACUCGAGAAUUUCGCUCAGCGUAACAAGUGGUUUGUCGACAGGUUGUAGUAGUUGUUGUAGGUCCUGGGGUCUCCUAUUAGAUUCCACAUAAAGUCAAAAGAGUUCACAAGUUACUAUUAGUGUGUAGACCACAACCUCAGGCCAUCAAUACAUAGCAAUCAAUCUUGCAUAUGCAAGACGACUGUGUUAUGAAAAAAUGCACACACUUUCAGCCGAUGAAAUUACCAUAUUUUAUGUCCGAGUGUACGUUUACAUACACACAUAUAUAGAUAUAAGAAUAGCACCAUUCCAUCGAAUGUUAAAAUAAUAAACAGCUCCUGAUUU